CAAUUGAUGAAAAAAAAGACCAUGUGAGAACUUGGGAACAGGAUUUGAGGUUUUGAUUAAUGCACUUUCGUCAAUGUUUUUAUUCUUUACUCCUGCAUACUGAACAGCACAUAUUUUGAGUUAUUAUUUUUGAGUUGUUGCGGAGUCCGUGUUAUGACUGUGUGCGCCUCGCAAACACGCGCUGUAUGAAGCACGGUGAGGGUUUCUGAAGAGGUGGACGCGUUGCUGUCAUUGUAGCUGUGAAGCUGCAGAGAGCGGCUGCACGAGCUGCAGGAUUCCUCAACAGCUCUUUGUUUUGAAGUUGAUUUGAUGUCACUUCCAGACGAGAAUCGACUUUACACAGGAAAUGCAAAAGCAAAAAGUGUAAUCACAGAUUAAUUUAGAUCCACCCGCCACUCAGUCAGACAGUCACACAGAGGAGAAUCCGUCGUUACUGUCGAUGCGAGUGGACACAUGAGCACUUGGGCGGUGGGCUGUGUCGCUCCGGUCUGUAGGCUCACUGCUGCUGCUGCUGCACGCACACACGGUGGCACAAGUUGGAGAGCACCGAGAGAGGAGUUUGUCAGACUUCAGAACCAAGGACAGAUCCGAACAGCUGCCUGGCAAACAUGCUCAAAGUGAACAACAUCUGGACUCCGCUCGUCACAUGAAGCUGUGCACGCUGCCUCUGUAUUGUCGCGCGGCGCGUGGGGAAGAGACCUGCAGAAGAUACAUCUAGUGCUACAACCAGGAAAUAUCAAACAUGCUGCAUCCACUGAGGGAAGACUUGAAAGCGAUCUGCCUCCAGACUGUGUGAACCUCUGCUCCUCUCUACUUCAGCCAGCUGAACCCCGCUACCUGAUCCUGCCAUGCUGAGUGUAGUGCUCUGCCCCAGGUCUUUGGCAAAUUCUGCCCAUUACUGGCCUCUCCACAUGCUCCUGCUGGAGCUGCUAAUACCGGGGGUCCUGCCCAACAUCUCCAGAUUACCACCGGCGGCCAAACGUGAGAUCAUCAUGGACGGAGACUUGGUGAUCGGAGGCCUGUUCCCGGUGCACCACAAAGGUGACGGGACGGAGGACUGUGGUAAGAUCAACGAGGAGAGGGGGAUCCAGAGACUGGAAGCCAUGCUUCUAGCACUUGAUGAGAUUAACUCCAGCGAUCGAAUCCUUCCCGGACUCCAGCUGGGGGCUCACAUCCUUGACACCUGCUCCAAGGACACUUACGCUCUGGAGCAGUCUCUAGACUUUGUCAGGGCCUCCCUCACCAAGGUGCACGAUCCAGGCUUCAUCUGCCCAGACGGCUCCAGACCGGUCCAGAAUGAGGUCCCACUGGCCAUCUCUGGGGUCAUCGGAGGGUCCUACAGUGAUGUUUCUAUUCAGGUGGCCAACCUCCUGCGAUUGUUCCAGAUCCCUCAGAUCAGCUACGCCUCCACCAGUUCAAAGCUCAGCGAUAAGACCCGCUAUGACUAUUUCGCCCGCACCGUACCUCCUGAUUUCUACCAGGCCAAGGCCAUGGCUGAGAUUUUACGUUACUUCAACUGGACCUACGUGUCCACAGUAGCGUCAGAAGGUGACUACGGUGAAACGGGCAUUGACGCAUUUCAGCAGGAGGCCCGCCAUCGCCAAAUCUGCAUCGCCACUUCAGCCAAGGUGAGCCGCUCCAUGAACCGCCAGGGGUACGACAACGUGAUCCGCGCCCUGCAGCAGAAGUCCAACGCCAAGGUGGUCAUCCUGUUCACCCGCAGCGAAGACGCCCGGGAGCUGCUGGUGUCCGCCGCUCGCAUGAAUGUCUCCUUCACCUGGGUGGCCAGCGAUGGUUGGGGAGCGCAGGAGAGUGUGGUGAGGAGCAGCGAGACGGCUGCAGAAGGAGCUUUCACCAUCGAGCUGGCCUCCUACCCAAUCAGAGAGUUUGAAGAUUACUUCACUAAGCUGAACCCGUACACCAACACCAGGAACCCGUGGUUCAAAGAGUUCUGGGAGCACCGCUUCGGCUGCAGCCUCCAGGAAGCGGGCUGCAGUGAGCACAGCCUGCGGGAUGGAACUUUUGAGCAGGAGUCCAAGAUCAUGUUUGUGGUAAAUGCAGUCUACGCCAUGGCCUAUGCUCUGCACAACAUGAGGCAAGCUGUGUGCUCCAACACAUCGAAGGUCUGUGAAGCCAUGAAACCAGGUAAUGGCAAAAGGUUCUACAAGGAGUUCAUCUUGAAGACCAAGUUUGAAGCUCCGUUCAGACCUGCAGAAACACUGAACAUGGUGCGCUUCGACUCUUUCGGCGACAGCAUCAGCCGCUACAACAUCUUUCAUUACCACAAAGAAGAGGGCAAGUUCGUCUACAGGAAGGUGGGCUACUGGGACCAGAACCUGACCCUGAACACCACCCUGGUACCCUGGCGUGGCCUCGUACCUCCCACCUCCCAGUGCAGCGACCCGUGCAGGAAGAACGAGGUGAAGAGCAUGCAGCCUGGAGACGUGUGCUGCUGGAUCUGCAUCCCCUGUCAGCCUUACCAGUACCUGCAGGACGAGUUCACCUGUGCUGACUGUAGCUUCGGCCAGUGGCCCCUGGCCAACUUGACCGGCUGCUACGAUCUGCCUGAAGAAUACAUCCGGUGGGAGGACGCGUGGGCCAUCGGGCCCGUCACCAUCUCCUGCCUUGGUAUCCUGUCCACUCUGUCUGUAGUGGGCCUGUUCUUCAAGCACAACGAGACGCCCGUGGUUAAAGCAAGUGGACGUGAACUCUCUUACAUCCUCUUGCUGGGAGUGCUGAUGUGCUACCUCAUGACCUUCAUCUACAUCGCCAAGCCUUCCACCGCCGUUUGCACCCUCCGCCGACUGGGCCUGGGCACCUCGUUCGCAGUGUGCUACUCAGCUCUUCUCACCAAGACCAACCGCAUCGCUCGAAUCUUCAGCGGGGUGAAAGAUGGAGCCCAGCGGCCUCGCUUCAUCAGCCCCGCCUCCCAGGUGGCGAUCUGCGGCGCUCUUAUCUCCUGCCAGCUGCUGGUGGCUGUUAUCUGGCUGCUGGUGGAGGUGCCAGGGGUCCGGAAGGAGGUGAGCCCAGAGAGGAGGGACGUGGUCACCCUCAAGUGCAGCAGCAGGGACUCCAGCAUGCUGAUGUCGCUCACCUACAACUGCAUCCUCAUCAUCCUCUGCACCGUCUACGCCUUCAAGACACGAAAGUGCCCGGAGAAUUUCAACGAGGCCAAGUUCAUCGGGUUCACCAUGUACACCACCUGCAUCAUCUGGCUUGCUUUCCAGCCCAUCUUCUACGUCACUGCCAGCGACUACAGGGUUCAGACCACCACCAUGUGCAUCUCCGUCAGUCUGAGUGGUUCGGUGGUGCUCGGCUGCCUCUUCGCCCCCAAAGUCCACAUCAUCCUGUUUCAGCCCCAGAAAAACGUGGCGUCACUGAGAGUCACAACCAACCGCUUCAGCGCCACAGUGUCUGCUUCUGCCUCGGCUCCCAGCUCCAGCUACUCUAAAGGAUCAGCCUCUAACUAUGUGCCAGCAGUUUGUAACGGCCGCGAGGUGGUCGACUCUACAACGUCAUCUUUGUGAAAAAAAAGAAAAAAGAAAAGAGAAGAAAGUUUCCUCUCCAAGAACAAGAAACCAUCCCAUCAUCACUCAUCAAGCAGGGCUGUGUAUGAUGGAGCCCCCAUGCCAUCCAACAUGCUGCAGAGAGAAAACUCUGUGUGGGUAGGCUGACUGACAGUGGCAGCGGUAACUCUUAACUGUGAAAGCUAAAUGAUGUUCCUACAGCGAGCAGUAUGUAUCAAUUGUAAAGCCUUUUUGUAUAGAUUUAAUAUGCUGUGAUCUCCUCGGUUUACAGAUAGAUGUGAUUAAAUGCACCGUGCCUUGUCCUAAAAAGUCUUGUUGUCAAAUGGGUGGUUGUGAAGCAAUAGUGUUAAACAAAACAAAAAGGCUGUUCUUAUCUUGUCCUUUCAGUGCUGUGAAUAUAUCCAAUUGUUGUUAGACACUGACAAAAAAAGAAAAAAAUGUCAUGAAAUAAAAUUUAGCCCUUCUAUUCUACAAAAUGUGUGACUAACUUUAGUGAAUGUGAUGACGAGUAGGCGACUAGACAAUAUAAAGGACGUGUGUUCAUGUAGACUGGUAUUACAAUGUGUGCUUUCCUGUAAUUUAUGUAAAUAAAAUGUUUUUUUAAAUAUUAAAAGAUUAAAUACCAA